UUAUUUUUCCUUUGUCUCCUCUCUUCCUCUUCUUCUUCUUCUUCUUCAAUUCGAUCUUCUUUCUGCAGUUAAACCGUCCAGUUCCAGGGCACAAAAACCAGAAGAAAAAUUAAACAGUCAGAAACUUAACUUUUGGGUUGGAUGAUCGGAGAGAUGAAGUAUGCGGACGCUUUGUGACGUUUGUGAAAGUGCCGCCGCCAUUCUGUUCUGCGCCGCCGAUGAGGCCGCCCUUUGCCGCGCCUGCGAUGAUAAGGUACAUAUGUGUAAUAAGCUUGCAAGUAGACAUGUAAGAGUUGGGCUAGCCAAUCCGAUUGAUGUUCCUCGCUGCGAUAUUUGUGAAAAUGCACCUGCCUUUUUUUACUGUGAGGUGGAUGGGAGUUCCCUGUGUCUGCAAUGUGACAUGAUUGUGCAUGUUGGGGGCAAAAGAACUCAUAGUAGAUAUCUCCUAAUGAGGCAGAGAGUUGAGUUUCCGGGAGAUAAAGCUGGGCAGACGGAGGAGCCGCCGCGGCCGACCUCAGAUCCCGCCGACAACAAGAGGGGAUAUAACCAACAGAACCACGCAGCCGCCGCCGCCGUUCCGGUUUCAGAUAACACUAAAGAUGCUCAUGCCAAGAGGGAGAAUAAAAUGAUCGAUUUGAAUAUGAAACCAACCAGGAUACAUGGCCAAACUUCUAAUAAUCAGGAAUAGCAGAAUGCAUAAGGCGAUUGAAGCGCAAAGUCAAGCAGAAUACACAUACAGGGGCCGGGGAGGCAUAGCAUUGGUGUCUUCUGGUUCGGUUUCGUUCUAUUUUUCUGGGUAGCUAGUUAGUUAGUAGCAUUAGGGAAUUUUUCUAUAGUAAGAUUAGUAGGAUUUCACUGUUAAUUGCUGUGCUGUGAAGUUUUCCAUUUUUAUAUAUACACAUAUAGAUUUUUAUAUUGGCGCUAUAAUGAAUGUAUGCCAUGCCCAAUUGUACUUUUGUUAAAUCUCUAUUUUCUAGUGGUAAAAAAUUGAAGGAUGUGUAAUAGCCCUGUUUUAA